AUGACAACACAAAGGCGAGGCGAGGGAAGAUACCCCGACGACUCUCGAGAGAGAGAAAGAUCUGCUCGUCUAAAACGUACCGUACCACAACACCAGGGGAGGGAGCCUUUCAGCCCCACUGCCUCCCGGUCUGAUGCAUCUGGAGGCUUCUGGGUUAAGACCGACACGUACCUUGAGCAGCCUGAGGUGACGUACACCAAGGAGCUGUUAUUCCUGGCAGAAGGUUUCAAGGGAGGAGAGGCUUUCAGCGCCUCGUUUUCAACCCUGGCGGCGGUGAACGGGCUGAAUCACCCAGGCCUUCGGGACGCGGUUGUAAAGACGUUUCCCACGGAUACCAACGGCGACGGGUUGACUGAUAGGUUUGUGAUAAAUGCACGUCUUCCGCUGGGUGAAGACGAACAGGUCCACUCUGUGAAGAUGAUGGCCUUCUUUCGGACCCGACUUCGGGAUCGGGCCCGCGUGGAGAUUGACACUGCGGCCUACGUCCAACACCAGGGGGCUCUUGCCGGGGCGUCGAUGCAGGUGGAUGGCGACAUGGCCUUGAGACAGACGUGGCCGCUCAGCGUGUACGGCGUGACACUCGACUUCCAACCGAGGUACUCCAUCUGGGAGCGAGCUCCGUCGUACGCCACGCUAGGGGGGGGAGGGACCGGGGCGGCGGCAUCUCGGAUGUUCAAUGUCACGGCGGUUGUUCGGAUCAACCAACAGCCAGUGUUGUACACGCCCCCUGUGUCUGAGGUGUUGCAAGCUGGGUGGGGCAAAUACGUGGUGAUGCUCGCUGUCAUCCUGUUCCUGGUGGACGCGUUAUCGGCCUUCGUUUUUAAGCACCAGGUGGUGGAGACGAAGGUAGUCGCGCCGCACACAGGCACAGGGAGUUGUACCCGGUAG